AUGUGGGUGUACCCUGCUUCGGGCGGGGUCACGGUGACCAACGGGUGUUCGCCCCUGAACCAGGACACUUCGCCCUGGUUCUCCGUCACGCUCGGGCACAUAAAUCAAGACGUACUCCAGUUCUGGCUCUCUCAAUCCUACGCCUACAUGACACACUCGGAAGCACUUGUGACGGAGUCGAUGCAGUGGCCAUUGCCACCGGAGGUGAAGCCGGUCAACGGGCUGGUGCUGUCGUUCGAGGUGCUGUCGAACUGGGUGCAGUCCAUCCCCGUGCUGCUGCAGGACGCCAGCAACUGCUUCUACGCCUACGAGAUUCCCACCCUGCAGCCCUCGCAGGGGUACACGCUCUUGCACAAGUACUGCUUCGGCACGAGCUCGGCGUUCCCGCUGUUGGAAAAGAUCGUACCGGACAGCUCCACGAACAUGACCGAGGUCGAGGUCAUCUACCUGGUAUCGCUCACUCACGUUGCCGCCAUCACCGCCGACACCAUCGAGCCGAUCACCGUCGUCGAAAUUCCCGCGGGUGAAGUGUCCAUGUCCUCAGUCAUCGGCGCGAGCUAUCAGCGCAACGACGAGGACGACCACCAGCUGUUCGUGAUCCGUACCAAUGACAUCCCGAGCCAGCCAUCUGAGAUCAUCAACUACAUCAUCACCGCCACCAACAAGGGAUCUGUGAGCCUCAAGCUAGGCCAUGUGACCUAUCUGCAGGGCGAGUCCAACACGCUGUUCACCAACGACAACGCAACGGGGCUGUUCUGGACGCAGGUGGUGCCCAACUGGCAGGGAAGCAGCAGCACGCGGGGUCUGCUCUUCGACUACAGCCUCGAGCCUCCGCACCACUUCCGCCACGGCGUGCUCGACGCUACCGCUUCGCCCGGGUCGAGUUACGGGAGUGAACGCGAUGAUGAUACCUCAACCAACCAAAUGAAGGGGCUGCCUGGGUUCACUAUACACGCCGUAUUCCUCAACGAGACGUUGCCCAGCCUGUCCUUCGUCGACCCACUUCUCGUGAAUGCAUCCAGACUGCCCUCGCUUGGCCAAAGCAUAAAGCUGUCCGAUCCAAACUCGGACUUUGGCGUCGUGAUGGCCACGCACAGUGCGGAAGGCUACGCCUGUCUGCAGUUGUUCAUUCAUUGCCAAGGGGACGACGCCUACCAAUGCCUCGGCUGA